AUGAACCACACCCUCCUCCUGACAACCCUCCUCUCAUCACAACUCCUCACAAGCUCAAACCUGUUCUUCCACUCACAACUACAAGACACCAACGGCAUCAUGCCAGGCAGAACAAUACCCUUCCACCAAGGCGAACUCGCCCUCCACGAGCAACUCAAAAUCCCCCGCCACAGAGCGAACCCCACAGCCGCGGGCCUCCCGCCCUCCUACGGCAACCGCAUCGCCGCCGCCCCGCUCCUGGCCCUCGGCACCCUCGACGCUGAACGCCGGCCGUGGACGACGCUAUGGGGCGGGGAGGCGGGCAACGUGGCAAGGCCGAUUGCGGAGGACGUGCUUGGUCUCAGGAGCGUGGUUGACAUUGGUGACGAUCCGGUGUUUAAGGCUCUUUGGGGGGCCGAAGGGGAGGUAGACGGGGACCAGCAGCAGCAGCAUUUGCAAGAGGUAAUUCAGCCUGGGAGGGGUCCGGAUGGUGGGAAACUCGUCUCCGGACUGGCCAUCGACCUCACGACGCGGGAUCGCGUAAAGUUCGGAGGGAGAAUGGUAGCCGGGGCGGUUACAGUUCCCUCGGUUGGCAUUGCUGUCGCUGAGGAACGGAGCUCUUCUUCCUCCUCGGAAGUACAAAUCGCGGUGCACGUCGAAGAGAGUCUGGGAAACUGCCCCAAGUACCUCAACAAAAAGGACGUCAUCCCGCGGGCGUCGCUCGUCAAGGGCAGAGUGGAGCGGGAGUUGCCGCUGUCUGAGGAGGCUGUUGAGGUCGUGCGCGGGGCGGAUAUGCUUUUCCUUACGAGCGGACACGAGGAGGGAGGGGACGAUGGUGGCAGUGGCAGCAGUAUGGAUACGAACCAUAGGGGAGGGUCGAGGGGGUUUGUUAGGGUUGCGAGGAACGAUGAGGGUGGCGUGGAGAUUGUAUAUCCUGAAUUUUCCGGCAAUCGGUUAUAUCAGACGCUGGGGAACCUUAAACUGAACCCCUUGGUCGGGAUCGCGAUACCAGACUUUGAGACGUCAGACGUCCUUUACGUGAGUAUUACUCAAUUUCUUCCCAGCCUCACCUGGAACUUGGAAGAUUAUGAGGCUAACACUUGGAGGUGGGCAAAGCUCACGGGAUCGGCAUCGAUACUCGUCGGACAAGACGCGGCAGCCUACCUACCACGCACGAAACUCGCCGUCAAAAUCACCGUGUCGGCCGCGGUCUUUGUGCAGUCCGGCCUACCCUUCUCCGGCACCUCUCUCGAGCCGUCACCGUACAACCCGCCCGUGAGACCGCUCUUCUCCGAGCAGCAGCAUGUUCUGGGUUCGUCUACGGAAAGCACCAGAACGGCCGCGCUGCUGCGCCGCGAGAUCAUCACGCCGACGAUUGCGCGGUUCGUCUUUGGCCUGGAGCCCGCGGCGCAGUGGGAGGCGGGCCAGUACGUCACGUUUGACUUCGCGGAGGAGCUGGACGUCGGGUGGAGUCAUAUGCGCGACGACGAGCCGCAGAGCCUGAAUGAUGAUUACGUGAGGACUUUUACGGUUUCGAGUCCGCCGGGAGAUAAGGGAGGGAAGGAAUUUGAGAUUACGGCGAGGAAGAAUGGUCCGGUCACGAAUAUGUUGUGGAGGUGGAAUUUGAGGGUUCCGUUGGAGGUUCCUGUGCUUGGGUUUGGCGGAGAAGAGGCGUUCAGGAUGGGUAGGGGGAAGGGGGAGAAGGGUGUUGGCGGCGGUGAUGAUGUUGAAGAGGUGUUUGUUGCUGCUGGUGUUGGGAUCACGCCUUUGAUUGCGCAGGCUGGUGGUGUUUUGGAAGCUGGGGUGAGGAUGAAGGUGUUGUGGACUGUCAAGGGAGAGGAUGUGGAGCUGGUGAGGGAUGUUGUUGGGAGGAUUCCUGGGUUGGCUGGUGUGUUGAGGGUGUUUGUGACGGGUGAGAUUGGAGAGGCGGAGGAGGCGAUGAUGCGGGAGUUUGAAGGGUUUGGGGCUGUUGUAGAGAGGAGGAGAAUCAGGGCUAGCGAUGUGAAGGAUGGUGGUAUCAAGAGGAGGUACUUUUUAUGUACCGGGCCGGAGAUGCUCAAGGUCUUGAAUGGGUGGUUGGAAGGCGAGAAUGUGGCAUUUGAGGACUUUGCUUUUUGA